CUUCCCUAUAAUGGUCUUACAACACCUGACUCCGCCUCUCUGCCAAGCACUAAACCAACAUACUCUUUUGCAGGAGACGAACCUACACCAGUUAAUGGCAUAAAACCAAAACCCAGGUGCAGCCAGUGCUUUAGCACCUUCCUGACGGAAAGAGCAUACACCAAACAUAUGACUACAUACCACAGCCAGACAAAGCCACAUAUCUGCGGCUUUUGUGGAAAGGGAUUUCAUGACAAGUUUGACCUGAAGAGGCACUACCGAACACACACAGGUGUCAGACCGUACAAGUGCAGCCAGUGUGCACGUUCUUUCACUCAGCGCUGCUCCCUUGAGACACACGUCAACAAAGUGCACGAGAUGCCACUCGCCUUCACAUUCAAGGAGCGGCGAGAAAAGAUAUACGUAUGCGAGGAUUGCGGACAUUCUGUGAAGGACGCGUUUGAGCAUUACCUCCACAUGUGGGUCGCGCACUCGCGACUGGCCAUGCCCAAGCGUCUUCGACAGAAAGUGCUACACAGGAUAAAGUACAUCCUAAAGGCUCAAAAUGGCGGUGAUAAAAAUGAAGAGGAACUUUUGGCAGACACCAAAGUUGUCACUCAGUCAAUUUGUCAAGUGAAGAUUUUAUCAUUUGGAAAGUAAUAGUCCUUUGGAAUCGUUGGAUAUGAUUCAUGGUGAAUGUAUUUCGUAGAUA